GGCUCAAGUGGAUACAACCAGUUCUAGACUGACGGCCACUGCGGUGUCUCUCAGUGAAACGUCUUCUUGAUCGCGAUCCAUCGAUCCGUCGAUCCGAUCUUACUUAAUUUAUCUUGUGACACGCGAUCAAGAGGAAAAACGAAAAAAAAACGAAACGAAAAAAUUAGUCGAAUCGUCGGUGUGUCAUUUCAACAAAAUCAAAUUGGGAUUAGUUCCUUUCUCGCGAGGUAUCGUGAGGUAGGGCUACAAGGAACGCGAUGUCAACGGCUGUAAGGGAGAGGACGAGCACGCACACCAGUAGAAAGAUCGUGAGUCAUGGCGGUCCUAUAUCUGGCCAAAGCCACGGCGCAGUCACGGCCGGCAGUCUCGAAAACAAUUUAGAUGCACUUCUCGAGGAUCUUCAGACUAGCGUCUCGAGAAGUGCCACUCCAAGUCGAAGUGGAAGAGCUCUCUCGCCUCAAGUCGAAUACCGUGUGGCUGCGAAUCCAACCAGAGUGGUCACCGAGGGCAGGACCGUAUCACCAACACGCUCUACCAAAACAACCACUGAAAAAUUUGUGAGUACAGUUCCUAGUGGUGUGCCCAGUAAUAUACCAGGAUUAGAACUUCUCGAUGCAGAACUCCAAAAUGUUCAACCGGGGCAAAGCAAAACCGUUGCUUAUAAACAGGUGUCUUAUCAAUAUAACAAGAGCAUCGAUGGAAAACCAGUCGACUCAUGGGCAAUGGCAGAUAAUGCGAUGAUGAAUACUGCUACACCAAUGAUUGAUAAUAUCCAUGAGACUACUUACGAAGAGAGCAAAACGCAAACAGGUCACCGUAGUCCUGAACCUACCGCUAAAAAGUCUACGGUUAAUAGAGAACUAGUAUUCUCCGAUAGUUCGGCAUCUCGCUCCAUGGAAACUUCACCUCCUCCAGGAACUCAAUAUCGAGAUGUAAAAUAUGUACACGAUUCAUCUAGUUACCAAACUGAAUCACGUCCCACUCCAAGUACAGUGACUACCGUGCAUACGAACACCGGCCAGGAAUACGGAAACGUGGAAUACGUCCCAGUACCGUCGCCAACUCCAGCGAUACCGAUCAAUUUGGCACCCGGUCCCAACACGAAAGUAACAACAACUAUAAAAACAUACACCUAUGAGUUACCAGGAGCACCAGAGACAUAUCUACCGGGUGGCACGUUGCCAGGAGGAGCCGUACUUCCCGGCGAUCAGACUAUUACCUAUACUCUGCCCAGAACUGGUACUUCCACCACAGACAAAACGGUCACUUAUCAAACUGUAACCGAGAAUAUACAAGGUGGACCAGGCGGACCAAUCAAAUACAGCAGUCAACCACCCAUAGAAAUGACGAAAAAAUCAACGGCACUUCACAAAGAGACCAAAUUUUAUCGCGAAGACCAUCAUGGUUUGCCACCUUCGUCAGGUGGAACACUUCCACAAAAUUAUCAUCCAAGUCCGCCACCCCAGACGAAUAUCGAUUCCAGAACAACAGUCACUAGAAAUGAGAAGUAUUAUCACGUAGAUGGCAAUUUUCCUAAUGGACAACCACCGUCUGAUAGACCAGAUUAUCCUGGUAACACUACUACCAUCGUUUAUCAAAAUCAACCGCCUGUAAUAAAUGAAACUCACAUGACGACGAUAAAUCGACUCGAGGAGCACUAUCCAAGCAGACCACCUUCUGCUGGACGACAUCCGACACCAGAUAAACCAGGAACACCUACAAGAACAAAUUACUAUCCAGUACCUUCUCAAGGAACACCACCUGGUACCACUACUGUUUAUAAAUUCUCUAACACUACAACGACAGUACCUCCAAAUAAAAAUGCCGAAGAUCAUGAGGUACUUCUACCUAAGCCUUUCCCAACCCCAGGAGGAGUACAAGUUUAUCCUGUUAAUGCGAAACCUUCAGGACCAAACGAUCAACAAGGACCACCGGCAAGACUCGAAGAUCUUAUGGCGUCGUUCUCCGAUUCCGAGCGUGAGGUAUUGGAAGAUAUUGAGAAAAAAGAGAAAGAACAACAAAAGAAAGACUCACCAGCCGUAAAAAAAGAAGUUGAUUUUCUGCCUCAUACUCCGCCUAAGGUGAAGAGCAAGAACGUUGCUGGACCACCAGUAUAUUAUCCUCCUGGUUCAGCUGAGUUUACUAAGAAAGAAGAAUUUGGUGCAGCUAUGUCACAAUCUAGUGGAGGAUGGCAGAAGGGAAGUGCAAAAUACGAAUAUGAGGCGUCUAGCAAGAGUAAAAGUAAAUCUUCCAGUGGGGCAGCGGUUGUACCUGUUUGCCUACCACUCUGUUGUGCCUUACCAUGUGUCAUUAUGUAAUUUAGUUGAAAAAUAAUUAUAUUGAUAGGGUAUGUUAA